GCGGGCGCCGAGCCGGGUGCGUUUUGCUACAGAGCCGUAAAGGCGCGCGGGAACAUGGGGCUGUAUGCUGCAGCUGCAGGCGUGCUGGCCGGCGUGGAGAGCCGCCAGGGCUCUAUCAAGGGGUUGGUGUACUCCAGCAACUUCCAGAACGUGAAGCAGCUGUACGCGCUGGUGUGCGAAACGCAGCGCUACUCCGCCGUGCUGGAUGCUGUGAUCGCCAGCGCCGGCCUCCUCCGUGCGGAGAAGAAGCUGCGGCCGCACCUGGCCAAGGUGCUAGUGUAUGAGUUGUUGUUGGGAAAGGGCUUUCGAGGGGGUGGGGGCCGAUGGAAGGCUCUGUUGGGCCGGCACCAGGCGAGGCUCAAGGCUGAGUUGGCUCGGCUCAAGGUUCAUCGGGGUGUGAGCCGGAAUGAGGACCUGUUGGAAGUGGGAUCCAGGCCUGGUCCAGCCUCCCAGCUGCCUCGAUUUGUGCGUGUGAACACUCUCAAGACCUGCUCCGAUGAUGUAGUUGAUUAUUUCAAGAGACAAGGUUUCUCCUAUCAGGGUCGGGCUUCCAGCCUCGAUGACUUACGAGCCCUCAAGGGGAAGCAUUUUCUCCUGGACUCCUUGAUGCCGGAGCUGCUGGUGUUUCCCACCCAGACAGAUCUGCAUGAACACCCACUGUACCGGGCCGGACACCUCAUUCUGCAGGACAGGGCCAGCUGUCUCCCAGCCAUGCUGCUGGACCCCCCGCCAGGCUCCCAUGUCAUCGAUGCCUGUGCCGCCCCAGGCAAUAAGACCAGUCACUUGGCUGCUCUUCUGAAGAACCAAGGGAAGAUCUUUGCCUUUGACCUGGAUGCCAAGCGGCUGGCAUCCAUGGCCACGCUGCUGGCCCGGGCUGGCGUCUCUUGCUGUGAGCUGGCUGAGGAGGACUUCCUGGCGGUCUCCCCCUCGGAUCCGCGCUACCGUGAGGUCCACUACAUCCUGCUGGAUCCUUCCUGCAGUGGCUCGGGUAUGCCGAGCAGACAGCUGGAGGAGCCCGGGGCAGGGACACCUAGCCCGGUGCGUCUGCAUGCCCUGGCAGGGUUCCAGCAGCGAGCCCUGUGCCACGCGCUCACUUUCCCUUCCCUGCAGCGGCUCGUCUACUCCACGUGCUCCCUCUGCCAGGAGGAGAAUGAAGACGUGGUGCGAGAUGCGCUGCAGCAGAACCCGGGCGCCUUCAGGCUAGCUCCUGCCCUGCCUGCCUGGCCCCACCGAGGCCUGAGCAUGUUCCCGGGUGCCGAGCACUGCCUCCGGGCCUCCCCUGAGACCACGCUCAGCGGUGGCUUCUUCGUUGCUGUAAUUGAACGGGUCGAGCCUCACAGGCCAAAGCAUCAGCACCAGAACGCACACCCAGCCCAGCCCCAAAGAGAAAGAAGAGACAGCAAAGAGCUGCAGCCGGUGCUUGCACCCUGCCUUGCACAUAGCAGAGGCUCCAGGCUGACUCCUUCCUGGUGGGAAAGGAAGAUGCCUGUCUUCUCCGUGGAGGACCCUGGGCCCUCAUCGCAGGCAGCAGUAUGCAUUUUGAAAGGUUAUUGGGUCCCUUCCUCGGGCUGUGUUCUUGCUGGUGAGCAAAGUGUUGCCUGCAAAAAUAAAAUGCAGAACGUACUCUACGAUAGAUCACAGUUUUUUAUUCUUAAUGUCACAAGCAGGAGAAAAAUCUCACAUUCAUACUAAAAAUUCCAACUAGACUCAACAGGAAUGAAGUCUCUAUUUGUAAUGGAAAGUCCCAGCCUCCCGCUGCCGUCCAGUGCGUGUACUGUACACAUCCACACUCACACUCACUCAGGGUUCCCGGACUGGCUGUCCUGCCUGCGGAACUGAGGUAAACUAGCUCAGGUACUGACACUAGGAGGGUCUACCUUACGUAAGGUACAGGUAGAAGCUUGAUUGCUAGGCCCAGGCCCACCCUGACCCUCCAAUCCUAACAGGUAUUUAGGCUUGAGGUUCACUCCCUCCUCAGCUGCACACGCAGCCAGGUAUUAACGAGGAUCAGAGCUGUUCUGAGGGGUGGGAAGGAGCAGCCCCGCCACCACUCACUCACCCUCAGUCACAUCGGGGAGGGGGCACCAGUUACAUUUACAUCACAUUAUUUAUAAAAUAAGAAUUACAUUUCAUAUAACAUGGCCAGAAGGAGCUCUAGUCCCCCAGGAAAGCUGCCGGGGACAGCAUUUGAGCCUCUUCUUUGCACAGGCAUAACUUUACAGCUAAUUCCUAGUUAAUAGCAUUUAUACUUAACCACCUCAAUGAACCAAGCUUGAAGGAGUUUAAAAGGCAAUUUAGCUUAAAUACAAAAAUAAAUUUUUGUUAAAAAACGUUUAAAUAUUUUUUUAUUUUAAUUUAGACACACGCAUUCAUACUUCUCCCAAAGAGGCUGGGCGUGGCAGCAAGGCGCUUGGGCCUGGGGUAUGUGGUUUCAGAAGGACGGAAGGAAAGGAUGAGCUGCAGAGGGCCCUGUUUGGGAAAAAUAGGAUUUUAAAAAUAUGGUUCAUUAAUUUAGGUUUUCUAACAUCUACUUUGGGUGAUGUAGCCUCCAGUGAGGUCAGUUAAGUGGGACAGAAACAGCAGAGGGAAGAGGUCUUUGCUUCCCCUGGGCCCAUUCUCCCUGGCUGCCAGCCCUUGAAGUCAGAACACCAUGGGAAAAUUCAGGAGUCGGCACUUGUAGCCGUCAAGUGGUGCUACUUUCCACAUUCAAUUAGCGAGGCCCCAGAAAACUUGAAACAGGAAGUCCGGCACUACCAACAUGCCGCCACUCAUACAACUCAAUUCUUCCUCCAAACUCAAUUCAAAAAGCAAUACACAGAGCGUCAGACAAAGGAACACAGGACAAGGCUUGAAACAUACAAUCCUGGAGAGGCAGACAUGGGGCCAAAGGGUAGCUGGGCAAGGAGGCAGCUAAAGCAGCGGUGGGCAUCCUGCCUGCUCCAAGAGCUCCCUUCACCCCUGACUCUGCCAGGCUAACAGUCUUGAGCCACCAAGCUUUGAGGGGCCAAACUGGCAGAGGGUUGGAGAUGAAACAUUGAUUCAGGCUUGGCAGGAAGAAAACGGCAGGAGCAGCACCCAC